CACAGAACACGUGAUUCGCGCUAUUGGAAGCAAGAUGGCGGUGGCGGUGCGGAGCUUGCAAGACCAGCUCGAAAAAGCAAAGGAAAGCCUGAAAAAUGUGGACGAUAACAUUCGUAAAUUAACGGGACGUGAUCCUAAUGAAUCGAGACCGGGUCAGAUCCGUCGGCUCGGCGGCCCCAUGGCAGGCCCCGGUGGAGGUAGAGGCAGAGGAAUCAACCUGCUCAGGCGUAGUCUCUCAGACAUGGGAAGCGGCGGCCCCCCUGCCAAGCAGAGGGACAUCGAAGGAGCCCUGCUGAGGCUGGCAGGGGACCAGAGGGCCAGGAGAGACAUGCGCCACGACAGCGACGCCGAGGACGAUGACGAUGUCAAAAAGCCGGCGUUGCAGUCGUCUGUAGUAGCUACCUCCAAGGAGAGAACACGCAGAGACCUCAUUCAAGAUCAAACCAUGGAUGAGAGGGGCAAACAGAGGAAUCGGCGUAUGUUCGGCCUGCUGAUGGGGACCCUACAAAAAUUUAAACAAGAGUCCAACGUCUCCACAGAGAAGCAAAAGCGACGUUCAGAGAUUGAGCAGAAGCUUGAGGUUCAAGCUGAGGCUGAGAAAAAGAAGGUGGAGAGUGAAAAGAGGGAGCUGUUUGAAGAGAGGAGAGCCAAACAGACUGAGCUGAGGCUACUGGAACAGAAAGUGGAAUUAGCUCAGCUGCAAGAGGAGUGGACAAGCCACAACAAUCGUCUGGUGAAAUACAUUCGUACCAAGACCAAGCCUCAUAUCUUCUAUGUGCCUGGAAAAAUGUGCUCCGCCUCACAGAAACUCCUCGAUGACUCCACCAAGAAACUAAAUGCUGUGUUUGAGGAGAGGCGCGAGGCUUUUGCCGAGCACCUCAGCAAGAUGGAGUCCCGCCCCCGGCGACAGCCAAACCGUGACCAGGAUGGCAACACGGCAGCAACAGGGAUGGACCACUCGGCGGAGGGUAAGCCAGCAGGUCAGGUAGUCAAGGUGACAGGUAACAAGGGGAUUGCAGUUAUGGAGGAAGAGGAGGAGGAAGAUGAGGAGGAGGAGGAAGAGAAGGAGAGGAGAAAGGAGGGGGAUAGAAAGGUGAAGGAGAAGGACAAGGGUGAGGAGAGGGAGGAAAGGGAGAAGGAGGUGUUGAAGAAGGUGGAAGAAAAGGUGGAGGGAAUGGAGUUGAGUGAGGAGGGGAGUGAGGAGAAGAAGGAAGGAGAGGAGGGGGUUAAAGGAGGAGAGGACAGCGAGGAGAAGGGAGAGAAGGAGGCAAGUCCAAGGUCAGAGGAGAUGGAGGUGGAGGUUGGGCCAGAGCAGGCAGACAGGAGUAAGGGUGAGGGGGGAGAAACAGACAGUAAACAGGAGCCCACAGACCUCCAGAAUGAAAAGACCCAGAACACCCAGUCCUCUGAACCAACUGUAACCAGCCAAGAUGCACCAGACAUCAGUCACCAGCCCCAGCUCAGCCACGCUACAGAGGAACCAGCAGAAAAGUCCUCUGAGGCCCAGGGAUCCUCUCCACCCUUAGAACCCCAAACAGCCUUCAUGGUGCCUGGGCAGGAUUGCAUCAUCCCUGGCCUUGAGGUCCAGAACUCAGCCACUGAGACCCAGGCUGUGGAAGGGAAACCAGGGGGCGAAGCACCCCCAAAACUUCCUGACUCCCAGGAGGCCCCCAGCAUUACCCCUGCACCCUCUAAGGAGGAAGAGGACGUUGGGAGAGGGAGGAAGAAGGAAAAGGAGCCAAAGAAGGGCCGCAGUCAUAGCAACAGCUCCUCCUCUUCCUCCUCCGGCUCCUCCUCCAGCGGAAGCUCGUCCUCUUCCUCCGGAUCUAGCCGCUCCUCUUCGUCGUCCUCAUCCUCUUCGUCCUCAUCAUCCAACAGCAGCAGCCGCAGUCGCAGCCGAGACAGUGGCAAGCGCAAGAGGAGGCCGUCGGAUAGGGCCAGGGACAGGAAGAAAGGAGAGGAGCGAGGUCACCGCAAGAGAGGAGGGAGUGGCGGAGGAGGGAGGGACUCGAAGGGAUCCAAGGAGAGGAGGAAGAGGAGCGAGGAAGGGAGGGGCAGGUCGUCCCGCAGCGAUAGGGAGCAUAAAGAUAGAGACAGGAAGGACAAGAGACGCUAAUGUGGUUCUCAUUCAGCAUCUGUAUAGUAAAACUUACAAACAAAAAACACUGAGGGAGAAAUCAACUAUUUACUUAAAGACACAAGACAAAGGUUUUUAAACUAGUAUUUUCCCUUAAAACGCUACAUAAAGGCUUAUUGAGGUUUUAACAGAAGGAUUUUUCUCACUGUAGGGAUUUAUAAAUCAGUGUCGAAAAGGAAGUGGAUGACUGGUCAUGAUUUUCCUAAGUUCUCCCGUAUUUUUUACUUUGCAAAAGGAAAUGUAAAGUGGACUUAAGUCAGUGGUGCAUCUGUCUCUGAUUGGAUCCCUUAUUAAACAGGUUUAAGACGGCGAGACUAUUCCAGACUUGGUUAUAGUUUGGUCAUUUUAAAUCCAGUUUAAAAAAAUAUUGUUGGCCUGACAUGUAGGUUUUAUAAAGGUCUUUGUGGCACUAUGAUGAAAAGCUGGUAUUGAAUGUUUGUUUGAUUUUUUUUUUUUUUUUUUUUU